AAAUCGAUAUCUCCGUUCCGCCGCCGCUGCCGGAUUAUGCAAUGGCACUUGCUCCUCGUUUUUGCGUCUUUCUCAACCGCUGACAGAGUAAUUCGUUCCGAGGCGUCUGUCAGAGUAAUUUCGUACAAUGAUUCUCGCGUGAGAAACUUGCCGGAAUGAUAGCUUGAAACAUAACCUUAUCUAACAACGUGAUAUCGACCAAAUCACUUCGUACAAAAUACUCUGUAAACGUACCUUUGAUUUCUUAUUUUAUAUUUUAUAAGAAAGAAAAAUUUAUAUAUUCACGUUUUAUCGUGUAAUUUUGAGCAAUUCCUUUCUUGUAAGUCAAUUUGUUAUUUUAAAUUGACUGAUACGGUGCUAGAAAGUAGUAGAAAUGUCAGGCAAACGAACCGCAACAACGGAAUUGAAUCAUGACAACUGGAACGAGGAGAACGAGCCAGAGGAUGCUGGAACAUUUGCAUUAGCGUCAAAUGAUAUACUCGAGAAGAGAGUUAUAAAAACAGCUAGGCGUCGUUUGCCAUCAAAGGAUGGAUCUCCAACAAAAAGUGCAUUUGGAUCAUUCGCAGGUUUUAAAACUACUCCUGUAACAAGUUCAUCGCCGUUUAGCUUUCUAGCUAGUAGUAGCGCAAACACUACUAGCGUAACUCCAGUGUCAGUGACAACUGAAAAUACAAGUAGCAGGCAAAUUGCAAGCAACGGUGCUUCCAAGAUUCCUGAAAUCAAUGCAGAUAAAAAGGAAGAGGGUACUAAAUUGCAGACAUCGAAUAUGGGUGCAAAUAAAAAAAAAGUUGUGCAAGAGACUGAAAAGACAAAAAGUCACUCCUCAGAUUAUUAUGCUAAACUAAAGGGAUUGAACGAGAGCGUUGCUACAUGGAUAAAGAGUCAUGUAGACGCGAAUCCAUUUUGUAUAUUGACACCUAUAUUUAAGGAUUAUGAGAAAUACUUGAAAGAGAUUACAUCAAAGGAAGAAAGUACCAAGGCACAGACCUCGCACACUUUGGAGCAUACGACGCAGGCUGCACAAAACGAUAGCAAACAAGAUGUGAGCAUGGAGAAGAAACCAGAAAAAUCAUCAUUUAGCAAUUUAAGUGUAAAUACAAAGCCUGUUUUAAUUGCGGGAACAGAAUGGAAACCUGAGAAGUCGAUAUUCUCUAACAUCACUGCGAAUACCAAAUCGAUAUUCAGUAACGCAGAACAGAAAACGGAAAGUCCUAAGUCAUCUAUAUUUGGUAGUACAGAUAUCACGUCUGAUAAAAGCAGAUCUAUUUUUGGAAACAUAGAAUCGAAUGUCGCUAGUAAGGAUGUAUUUAGCAACAUCAAUGUUGAAAGUAAUCCCUUCUUACACAAACCUGUUGUUUCGGACAGUGGAAAUACAAAUGAAGAGGAAACCAAAUUCACAUGUGUUGCUCCAAAAUGUACCGCUCCUACUUUUCCCACUUUUAGUUUUGGACAAAGUUCCACUACCAGUAAUGUGACUGCAGGAUUUAGCUUUGGAAGUGCAAAGCCAUUUUCAUUUGCUCCUCAAGCGGUAAAGCCGCAAGAUGUUGAAGACAAAACUGACAAUGAAAAAGAUGAAGAAGAUGAGGAGCCGCCGAAACCAGAUUUCAAACCAGUAGCUGAAGAAGGUGCUACUUAUGAACAAAGAUGUAAAGUCUUUGUGAAGAAAGACAACAACUAUAGUGACAGAGGCGUCGGGAUGUUGUAUCUGAAACCAACACCGAAUGGAAAAACACAAUUGAUAGUACGUGCCGACACUGCUUUGGGCAACUUGUUACUCAAUACUUUAUUAACUCAAAAUAUUCCCACGAAGCGCAUGAACAAAAACACGAUAAUGUUGCUUUGUUUACCGAUGCCAGAUUCCUCACCGCCACCAGUCUCAGUUUUAUUAAGAGUGAAAACUAGUGAAGCCGCUGAUGAAUUGUUGGAGGCGUUAAAUAAACAUAAAAAGUAGAAAGGAAUUAUACAAACCUCGAUUAUAUACGCAAAGCUUGCGUAUAUGAACAAAGACUUUUUUGACAUUAUACUGCGGAUAUUAAGGAAUGAAGUGAAGUUAAUCUAUACAUAAUAGAAAAUUUGUUUAUUAUUAACCCUUCGUUGUCACACCUCUGUCAUGGAACACGAUUGUCUCACUGGGUCCAGUGCAUGAAAUUCAUUUGUACAUAGUUCAAAUAGUAUUAGAGAUAUUAAUACAAAAAAUAUUAACAAUUUACAUCUUAAGGUUUAAAGAAUGUAUUUCAAUUAUUUAUAUAUAUUUAUAUAGUAAAUUUGAUUAUUUAAAUAGUAAAAAAAUUGUUAGAAGUAAAACAAUUUUUUUCGAAAAAAAAAUUUUAAUAUUUUAAGCAAAAAAUUUAGUAGAUUACUGAAGUAUGGUGCUUCAAGUAAAGAAAUAGUCCUUGAAUCGUUAUUCCAAAAAAGAUAUUUCACACCUGGGUAUAUGGGAUCUUCUAUAACUUUCAAAGCAAACUGACGCUCUCUAGCUGUGAAAUAGCUUUAUUGCCAAGAGGAUAUUUCAAUCUCUCAAGAAAUGGCCACAAAUACUAUUUUCUGCCUUUUACGAAGGAUAUAUUUCAUCAAAGUGAAAUGCAGAGUCCUCGCUGGACGACAACAAAGGGUUAAUCGGCAAUUUUGUGUCAAGUUUCAUCAUUCCAUAAAUGUAAAUUUUGCUAUUAUCUAAGGCUCUAGGAACUUGAACAUCAUCGAAAAUAAACGAAGAAAAUUGCUGGAUAAAUAUUAAUAAAUUUUCUCCAAUUGCUAUUUCAUCAACAAAUAUUGUGUAAAAAUGUAAUUAUUUGUAUUCUUAUUAGAAUUAACAUAAGAUGCAAAAAAUUUAAGUUACUGAAAAAUAUCUUAAUUUACAUGUAUGACACUAUUGGAAUGGAUGUUGCAAUUGUAAUCAAUAAUGUAAUAAUAAUAAUAAUAAUAAUAAUGGGAAAUGUACAUAGUAAAAAUACAAUAUUGUAUAUUGCAAAAAACGUUUAUGGUUAAGGUAGCUGCUGAAAUAUUCUAACUGUUGACCACAAAUAAUUGUGUAUUGUUACAUAAAUUAAUUACAAGUGCAAGAAAAUUCUAGAUAGCAUAGAAUUACUUGAUAUCUUGCGAAAUAAAUUCCUUCACUUAUUUUUAGUAAUUCAUGAAAUAAGUAAGAGAAUAUUUUUGACAUUACUCUCUACUAAUAUUACAUUUUAUUUUGAAAAGACUUUAUGUAUUGCGUAAUAUAUUUAUAGAUAGUAAAAAAAUUCAUUUUGUACAACUUGUAACAUUACAAAUUAUCUAUCUUUUUUUAUUACAUUUGUUAAAUUUAAUUAUAUGGAAUUAUAUUUUAA